AUGGCGGACAUAGACUACGAGCAGCAGAACCGUAUCCGCAUCGCUCUGGGCCUGAAGCCUUUACCCGUCCCAGGCGCUUCAUCGGCUGCUACCACCACCACGAUCACCAGUGGCCCCAAAUUCAAAGACCAUCCAUCCUCCGAUGACUCUGAAGAAGAAGACCCUGCAAGCACCCUCGAGACCCGCCAGGCAGCCAGCUACGACAACUGGAAGAAAAUCCAAGAUGACGCCGAGGCGAAGAAACGACGAGCAGCUAAAGCCGAAGCGAUCAAGAAAGCCCGGGACGCAGCGCAGAAAUAUGUGAAGCUCGAGGGAAAAGGACUGGGUGAUGCGGAUCCAGAUGUGGAUAAGGAUACGCGAUCGUGGCUUUUGGGAGCGAACAAGAGGCAGAAGAAGCUGGAGCGGGAGAGGGCGAGGAGGAUGGAGGAGGAGUUGGCGGAACGAGAGAGGCUUGCGGCGGUGGAAUAUAGUGCUAAGGAUUUGGCGGGCGUGAAGGUCGGGCAUGAGAUUACCGAUUUUGAGGACGGGCUAGCUGGGGAGAGUGGGGAGCAGAUUUUGACGUUGAAGGACACGACGAUUGACGAGAACGAGGAGGAAGGCGAUGAGUUGGAGAAUGCGGAUAUCAAAGAGAGAGAGAGGUUGAGGGAAAGGCUGGAGCUGAAGAAGAAGCCGAUUUAUGAUCCGCAUGCUGCGGAGGAAAAUGGGGAGAAGAAGGUUCUGGCGCAGUAUGAUGAGGAGAUUGAGGGAAAGAAAAGGAAGCAUUUCGUAUUUGAUGGCCAGGGGACUACUGUUGAGGAGCGGGAGGCUAAGAGGCAGCAGAUUGGAGACAGGUUGAAGAAUCAGCCGAUCAGCCUUGAUUUCUUGAAGUCUGAGCCCAAAUCAGACUACAUGGAGGUGUCCGAAGUCAAAAUAAGGAAGCCGAAGAAGUCGCGGAAGAAGGCUGCACGGCAGAGAGCGCUCGACCAAGACGAUGACAUUUUCCCGCAGCAGGCAAACGGCCAUGCUUCGAACCAUGACUCCAUGGAUGUGGAUGGUGCUGCUUCUACUGCAACAGCAAGAAGGAAGACAAUUGAGAAGGAUAUCGUGGACGAUGAAGACCUUCAAGCCUCUCUAGCUAUUCAAAGAAGAGCCGCUUUUAAGAAGAGAAAGAGGCAACGCCCAGAAGAUAUUGCACGACAGAUCCAAGAGGAAGGCUCUGCAACCCCUGGUGAGAUGGACGUUGAUGGUGCCGACGCCUCUGAGGAUGACCCAGGCCUGGUCAUUGACGAGACAUCAGAGUUCGUGGCCAACUUACAACGUCCUACAGAAACAAACGAACAACCGGUGAAAUCUGUUCAAAAAUCCGUAGAGAAUGGUGGAAGAGCUGUCUCGGAAGAAUUUGCGGAUAUCGAUAUGAAAGAAACAUAUAAUGGCGUAGAAGACGAAGAAGCUCUUCUUGCUGGCCUCAGGAGAGAGAGGUCGACAGUAACGCCUGACCUCACCACUACUGGUCUGGACGAAGAGGCCACCAUGGACCAGGGUGUGGGUGCUGCAUUCAACCUACUGAAACAGAGAGGGUUGGUCAAAACAGCUGACAUGGGAGACAUCAAUGCCCUUCAUCGAGACCGACAACGCUUUCUCGCUGAGAAGCAGCGCCGCGAAGCAGAAGCCGAACAAAAGGCCCGUUUGCAACGAGAACGAGAUCGAAGUUCCGGCAAGCUCGAACGCAUGUCAGCCAGAGAACGAGAAGAGCAUGCACGUUGGGAGAACAAACAGCGUGAUCAGCUGGAAUCCCGCCAAAUGGCCGACGUCUUCAACCGAGAAUACAAGCCUGAUGUGCAGUUGAAGUAUGUGGAUGAGCAUGGUCGGUUCAUGAAUCAGAAGGAGGCGUUCAAGCACUUGAGUCAUCAAUUUCAUGGCAAGGGGAGUGGCAAGCAGAAGACGGAGAAGCACUUGAAGAAGAUCGAUGAUGAGAAGAAAAGAGAAGCUAUGAGUGCUUUGGAUGCCAGUCAGGCUACUGGCAUGAAUAAUGCUAUGGGCACGACAGCGAAGAGGAAUAAACAGGCUGGUGUGAGACUAGGCUGA